CCGCGCAUGCGCAUAUGCACCAACUCCACUCUCAACAUGGCGCUUGCAAAGUCCGUGUACAAUCUGCUCUUCAGGAGAACGUCCACUUUCGCCAUAACCAUCAUGGUUGGGGCUGUCUUUUUCGAGCGAAUAUUCGACCAAGGUGGCGACGCGAUCUUUGAGCAAAUGAAUCGCGGGAAAUUAUGGAAGCACAUCAAACAUAACUACGAGACCAAGGAAGAAUAAUGGGGACGCCCGUUUCCACUGGCUCAAGUUGAAGCUUGUCAUCGAUCAUCCUGCCUGUUUGGACUCCACUCACUCAUUCACCCACCGAAACAAACAACAGCAAAGACGGACUCAAUGUGCUUCAAACUGACUCCAAAGUUUGACCAGACCCCGCGAAGGUGAUGCAGUGGACCCCUGGCAUUUCAUUCUCCCGAUUCCUGUCAUAUGUUCUGCCUUUGUUGUCACUCUCACAUAUUGUAAAUGAUUAAAUUAAAUGUUGACGUCUUAACGGA